CCCCUCCUGUGUCCUCCCAGCUUUCCAGUCUGUCGCCAUAACGUGGCUGACGCUCUGCAGAUCUCCAAGCCCCCAGCAGUAGCUGCUGCUGCAGGAAAUAGAGGCUGUGCAGAAACUGUCUGACGGCAAUGGCUGCUGUUCCAAGGACAUGGGAGGAAGACAAGGCCAUCCUUGGUGACAUUUAGGAUGCCACAGACAGCAUGAUAUGAUUGUUUCAUUUCAGUUUUGGGAGGUCAUCAGCGAUGAGCAUGGGAUCGACCCCACAGGCAGUUACCAUGGAGACAGUGACUUGCAGCUGGAGAGAAUCAACGUGUACUACAAUGAGGCUGCUGGUAACAAAUACGUUCCCCGGGCCAUCCUGGUGGACCUGGAGCCGGGCACGAUGGACUCGGUCAGGUCCGGACCAUUCGGCCAGAUCUUCAGGCCGGACAACUUCGUGUUCGGCCAGAGUGGAGCCGGCAAUAACUGGGCAAAGGGCCACUACACAGAGGGAGCCGAGCUGGUAGACUCGGUCCUGGACGUGGUGAGGAAGGAGUCGGAGAGCUGUGACUGUCUCCAGGGCUUCCAGCUGACCCACUCGCUGGGGGGCGGCACGGGGUCCGGGAUGGGCACCCUGCUCAUCAGCAAGAUCCGCGAGGAGUACCCAGACCGCAUCAUGAACACCUUCAGCGUCAUGCCCUCGCCCAAGGUGUCGGACACGGUGGUCGAGCCCUACAACGCCACCCUGUCCGUGCACCAGCUGGUGGAAAACACGGAUGAAACCUACUGCAUUGACAACGAGGCCCUGUAUGACAUCUGCUUCCGCACCCUGAAGCUGACCACCCCCACGUACGGCGACCUCAACCACCUGGUGUCGGCCACCAUGAGCGGGGUCACCACCUGCCUGCGCUUCCCGGGCCAGCUGAACGCAGACCUGCGCAAGCUGGCCGUGAACAUGGUGCCCUUCCCGCGCCUGCACUUCUUCAUGCCGGGCUUCGCGCCGCUGACCAGCCGCGGCAGCCAGCAGUACUGCGCGCUCACGGUGCCUGAGCUCACGCAGCAGACGACAUGUCCCUGCCUAGCAUCCAAAUACUAA